AUGGCCGAGACAGCCAAGCUGCAGCUGUUUGUCAAGGCGAGCGAGGACGGCGAGAGCGUGGGCCACUGCCCCUCCUGCCAGCGGCUCUUCAUGAUCCUGCUCCUCAAGGGCGUGCCCUUCACGCUGACCACCGUGGACACCCGCAGGUCCCCGGACGUGCUGAAGGACUUCGCGCCCGGCUCGCAGCUGCCCAUCCUGCUCUGGGACGGCGACGCCACGACGGACACGCUGCAGAUCGAGGAGUGUCUGGAGGAGAGGCUGGGCCCUCCCGAAUUCCCCAGCCUGGCGCCCCGCUACCGGGAGUCCCGCGUGGCGGGCAGCGACGUCUUCCACAAGUUCUCCGCGUUCAUCAAGAACCCCGCGCCCGCGCAGGACGCCGCCCUGUACCAGCUGCUGCUGCGCGCCCUGGCCCAGCUGGACGGCUACCUGCGCGCGCCCCUGGAGCACGAGCUGGCGCGGGAGCCGCAGCUGCGCGAGUCGCGCCGCCGCUUCCUGGACGGCGACCGGCUCACCCUGGCCGACUGCGGGCUGCUGCCCAAGCUGCACAUCGUGGACACGGUGUGCGCCCACUUCCGCCAGGCGCCCAUCCCCGCCGAGCUGCGCGGCGUCCGGCGCUACCUGGACAGCGCGCUGCGGGAGAGGGAGUUCAAGUACACGUGUCCGCACAGCGCCGAGAUCCUGGCGGCCUACCGGCCCGCCGUGCACCCCCGCUAGCCCCCCGCCCGGCCCCCGCCCGCCCAUUAAAGCAUCU